AUGGGCAAGGAGAGCCGCAUGGGCUUCCCGUUCGAACGGACGACGGUUGACAGCUUGCUGGCGCGCUACACGACGGAGACAUCGCUGUCGACCGCAGCGACGACGGUGGUGGGCGACGUGGAGGAGCUGUUCUACAACGUCACCGCGGCGGCGACCGCGCUGGCCACCGCCAACGGCACGCUGGACCCGGCUUCGGCCGAGGAGUCGGAGCCGACCUACUCGCUGACGCAGAUCAUCAUCCUCGGCAUCAUCGCGACCGUGCUGAGCAUCCUCACCGUGGCCGGCAACGUGAUGGUGAUGAUCUCGUUCAAGAUCGACAAGCAGCUGCAGACGAUCAGCAACUACUUCCUGUUCUCGCUCGCCAUCGCCGACUUCGCGAUCGGCCUGAUCUCGAUGCCGCUGUUCUCGGUGACGACGCUGAUCGGCUACUGGCCGCUCGGGCCGCACAUCUGCGACACCUGGCUCGCGCUCGACUACCUGGCCUCGAACGCGUCCGUGCUGAACCUGCUGAUCAUCAGCUUCGACCGCUACUUCAGCGUGACGCGCCCGCUCACCUACCGCGCCAAGCGCACGACGACGCGGGCCGCCAUCAUGAUCGGGGCGGCCUGGGGCAUCAGCCUGCUGCUGUGGCCGCCGUGGAUCUACAGCUGGCCGUACAUCGAGGGCAAGCGGACGGUGCCGGAGAAGGAGUGCUACAUCCAGUUCAUCGAGACCAACCACUACAUCACGUUCGGCACGGCGAUCGCGGCGUUCUACGUGCCCGUCACCGUCAUGUGCUUCCUCUACUACCGGAUAUGGCGUGAGACGAAGAAACGGCAGAAGGAGCUCAAGAACCUCACCGGCGAUCGCAAAAAGGACUCGUCCAAGCGGUCCAACUCGAGCGAUGAAAACACGGCCGUCAAUCACUCAGGCGGUCAUGCACUUCCGGCCAGCGUGGCGGACGCGGACGGCUGGAGGCGCCCGAGGAGCGAGUCGUCCGCCGACGCGGAGAGCGUCUACAUGACCAACGCAGUCCUACCGGACGGUGGCUACGGCCACGGCAUGCUAUCUCGACGCUCGAGCAUCACCAUCAACGGGGUGCCGAAAAAGCCGACCACCUUCUUCGGUGGCAUCAAGGAGUGGUGCAUCGCGUGGUGGCACUCGGGCCGGGAGGACUCCGACGACUACGGGUAUGACGUCGAGGAACCGUCGGACUUAGGGUAUGCAACACCAGUAUCCAUAGAAACUCCCCUACCAAGCUCAGUCACCAGAUGCACCUCGCUGAACGUGAUCCGCGAUCCGUACGUGGCCGGUUCGGGUGGUCGAGCGAACGUUGUCAGCAUGAUCCCGGACAUCUCGCCAACGCCGAUCCGGCCCGCCCUUCCCCCGCUGGCGCACCUACAGGAUCUGCACGGGGCGCGCGAUUCUCGCUCCCUCCCAAACAGCAACCGGCUCGGGUCGCGCUCCGUCAGCCAGGACUCGGUGUACACCAUCCUGAUCCGGUUGCCGCCCGAGGGUGGGUCCGGCGACGAGCGGGCGCCCUCGAUCAAGAUGAUCCAGGACGACGUCCCGAUGUCGAUGACGGUGCCACCUCGGCGGCCCCUACCCUCCCGCGACUCCGACUACAUCAUCCCGGUAGCGACGCGCCGCCAGUCGACCGCCACCACCGACUUCCGGUUGCCGCUGUCGGCGAAGAUCAUCUCGAAGCCGCUGUCCAAGCAGCAGCAGCAGCUCCACCAGGCCAACCUCGCGCAGACGGCGCGCCAGGUGAAAAAGAAGAAGAAGUCGCAGGAGAAGCGGCAGGAGACGAAGGCCGCCAAGACGCUGUCGGCGAUCCUGCUCAGCUUCAUCAUCACCUGGACGCCGUACAACAUCCUGGUGCUGCUGAAGCCGCUCACCGCCUGCACCGGCUGCAUCCCUCAGGAGCUGUGGGACUUUUUCUACGCACUCUGCUACAUCAACUCCACCAUCAACCCGGUCUGCUACGCGCUCUGCAACGCCUCCUUCCGCCGGACCUACGUGCGCAUCCUCACCUGCAAGUGGCACACGCGCAACCGGGAAGCGAUGACCCGUGGGGUAUAUAAUUAA